AUGAAGACUCUUAAACCCAUAUGUUUUCUUGUUUUCUUCAGCUACAUUAAAUGUCAAAUUCUUCAGACAAGUUUACUACAUGCAGCCAUGCAGCAUCUUAGUACCCAAAAUUAUGUGGAAGAGAAUUUAAAAGACCUUACCAGCAUUAUGAUUGCUCAGUUUCUUCAGAAAGCAACUUAUGAAGAAAUACAAACUGUGGCUCAACAGUUACUAGAUCUUGUGGAAAAGUGCAAGAAUUUUAAAUCACAUGUGUCAGCCACAGAAUGUGCUCAUCAGUUGAUGACCAGGUUCCUAGAGCAUAUUUGUGACAACCAAGGAAUGCUUGCCAAACACCUGUUUGCUAACUGUUGUAAUACAAAUAGCACAGCAAGGCUCAAGUGCUUCUUAUUCUAUAAAAAAGAUUAUGGAGAUCACAAGGAUGGAUUCCAAAGUCUAAAGCCUGAGAUGAUCUGUGAAAUGGACAAAGAAAAUCAAGUGACCAUGAAGGAGAGGUACAGUUAUGAAAUUUCUAGAAGGCAUCCAUACUUAUAUGGACCCACUAUCCUGACCAUGUCUGCUUGCUACAAAACAGCUAUUCAGUCAUGUUGUCAAGAGGAAAAUAAGACCGAAUGCCUGCAGAUAAAGCUAGAACCCAUCAGAAAAUACAUUAGAGAAAUAUCUUUGAGACAUCAUCAUUUAUGUGAAAUUGGGGUUAAAUUCAACCACAAAGUAGCAAAAGCUGUGGAAUUGGUUCUGCUCACUAAAAAACAACCUAAAUCUAAUUUUUCUGAAAUUGCCAAACUGACCACUGAUGUUAAAAAUCUGCAUGAGACCUGCUGUGAAGGAAACACAGUUGCGUGUGCUCUUGGUAGGAGCCAGCUUAUGAACUACAUCUGCUCUGCACAGGCUGCCCUAUCCAGCAAGAUCACUCAGUGCUGUGAACUUCCAGCACCAUUCCGAGGGGAAUGCAUUAUCAACGCAGGAAAUGAGGACAAACCUGACCUUUCAUCCCUGCCACUCAGCAGGUUUACAGAAGACGGAUUUGUAUGCGAACGAUUCACUGACAACCAAGAUGACUUUCUACAAGAGUUUCUUUAUGAAUAUUCAAGAAGAUAUCCAGAGUUGGCAGUUCCAGUGAUUUUAAGAGUAGAAGCAAAAUAUAAAAAUUUAUUGGAAAAAUGUUGUAAAUUAGAAAAACCUUUGGAAUGCUAUAGUCAUGCGGAAGUGCUGUUCCAAAGAGUGGUACGAGAAAGCCGUGAUCAUGUGAAAAAUUACUGUGAUUUACAUGAAAAAUUGGGAGAUAGUAACUUCCAUGACAGGCUCAUGGUCCUUUACACCAAGAAAGCUCCACAACUAUCUGCUCAAGAAUUGGUUAUGUUCACAAAGAAGAUGGCAGCUGCAGCCUCCAGAUGCUGCCCACAAAGUGAUGAGCAACAGUUUGUCUGUAUUGAGGACUCGGCAAAGCUAAUUCUUGGAGCUCUGUGCGGAAGACAUGAAGUUGAGCCUAUCAAUGCUGGUGUGGGUCACUGCUGUGACAACUCAUAUGCCUUCAGGAAGCCAUGUUUUGAUGAUCUGCAAGUAGACGGAACUUAUGUUUCUCCAUCUUUACCUUGUGACCAAGUCAUCAUCCUUAAAGGGGACUUGUGCAAAGCUCAGGAGAAGGAACUCCAAAUUGAAAAGGAAAAGCUCCUCAGCAGCCUCGUGCGGCAGAAACCAUCUGCAACAGAGGCGCAGUUCCAGUGGGUACUUGUGGACUUCACGCACCUGGUGGAGAUGUGCUGCCAUGCAGAGGAAAGUGACAUGUGUUUUCAGAAAGAGGGGUCAAAACUGAUUGAAAAGUGCCAGUCCUUUCCUGGAAGGCUAAAUAAUGCCAGAAAUUGUCAACGUAGGAUCUUGGCUAAGAAGACCAUUUUGUUUUUCACGAAUAAUGAAACUCAUGUUGAUUAUUGAAAAUAACAAUUAACAAAUAAAUCUUUAGCACCUCACAAUGUUAUCCAAGAACACUGGCCGAGUGUAUACUAAAUAUCUCCUUUCUACCGAGCAGAAAGCUACUUACCGAAACCCUCAGAUGAUCCACUCUCCUUUCCCUUUUCCUUUUAAGUUUUUGCCUCUGGAGAGCAGCAGGUAGAGGUAAAGGCUGCCAUAUCUAGCUGGGAACUGGCUGCUGGGCUUCCACCAUGAAAAAGACCUCAAGGGUGAUUUGGAAUUCUGUCUAUAUCACUACUGAAAGUCAGUGGACUUAAUUAAGCAUGCUUUAUCAUAAAAUUACCUUUUCCCAGAUAUGACACUGAUAUUGGUACCCUGGGCUUCUAAUAUAUUGAUAUUAAUUUGAUCUUUAUGUGAUGAUUAGUCUUUACCUUGGAAAUCUUGCUAUAAAUAACCUAAAGAAUUUAUAAUUUGAACUGAUUUUUGCUUUUGCCAGAUUCUUUUGUAUAACGAAAUAAUCAGUAAUAUUUACUUUCUAAAUAGAUGCGUACUUUUGAUUGGAGAAAUACAGAAGAAAAAUUUCAAUGUCAUUAUGGUGCUCUUUAUUUGAUUUUAAAUAUUGUUUUUCUUCACCACUGUGAUUUCAGUAUGGUGAUACACAUUAGCAAAUUAAAUCCAAUAAACAGUUGUGGACUUUAUAAUGUGUUCAGUUCACUAUGCUAGAUACUAUAGGAAAUAAUAUAAAUAUGAAUAUAGUAAGAACAAAUUUCUAACGAAUUAAUAUUAGAUAUAAGCACAUAGGAAUUAUAAUAAAAGGCAAAUUUCACAUUUCUGUUUUUACAACAGUAGUGAACUGUCAUUGUGGUGUACAGGGAUUUGAGAUCAUAUAUUGUCAUUGAAAGAAGUGGCCCUAGACCAGCUCUAGAAAGUGGGAACAGUUAGUUUCAACAGAGAUGUGAGGAAGGUCUUCAGGGAGGGUGAGUGAUCCAUCUGGCUGUUUUUAAGACAGGAACUAAGUAAUGGUGGACAGUAAGGCUUAGUGGAAUAGAAAGCUGCAAGGGUGGGUAAGGAUUUCUGCUGGUUUAACUGUACUAUUUAUCACAUACUUCUCAAGUGCAAAGUGCCAGCUUUUCUGUGUAUUAUUCACAUGACUCCCACAACCGUCCAAUAGAGUAGGUGCAAUAGGCUCUCCUUAUUUCUGGGUUCCUCACCCAUGGGUUCAAUGAACUGCAGAUGGAAAAUAUUUGAAAAACAAUGGUGUCUGUACUGGACACGCACAGACUUUUUUCCUUGUCAUUAUUCCCUAAACAAUAUAACUACUAUUCACAUAAUAUUUACAUUCUCUUAGGUAGCAUAAGUAGUCAAUAGAUAAUUUACAGGAUGUGGGAGGAUGUGGGUAGGUUAUGUGCAAACACUAUGUCAUUUUAUAUAAGAGACUUGAGCAUCCUCAGAUUUUGGAAUCUGAGGAAAGUCUUGACGCCAAUCCCCCACAGAUACUGAGGGAUGACUGUACCAUGGUUCCCAUUAUAUAAGUGAGGACACAUAAAAAGAAUUCCAGACUGAAAGAGCCUGGUUGAAAGUGAGGACCUAGAUGAUGGGUGCUAAGAGUAUGGAUUCUAGAGUCAGAGGUGUGAAUCCUACCUAUUCCUUCUACUAAAGAUCUUAGCAAUCUUCUUACCUCUUCAUGGAUUACUUUUCUCAUCUAUAACAUGGACUUGAAAGAAUAAUGUCUUCAUUGGGAUUAAGUGUCUUCAUUUGCAUUAAAUGAGUCAAUAUAUGUAAAGCACUUAAAAUAGUACCUAGUGAGUGGUAAAUGUAUUAGGCAGAACUAUAUGAAAUUGCUCUUUUCUAAGUCAAAUAUUGAUAAUUUUAGGUGGCUCAAUCCAAUAAGUGUUAACAUAUUAUUAAGAAGGCAAAUAGAUGCCAUUGAAGGGUUUUGCCCUCCCUGGUUGCAUCCUAUUCUCCUUUCCUUUCCUAUGUACUUACCUCAGCCUAAUAAUUAUAACUCCUAGCUUUUUCUCUUAUCAAUUGCCUUGCAAAUGGAGUUCUUUCUACUUCAGUUCCUGAAAGCAAUCUGAAUAGCCCCAAAAUCCAUAAGAACACUGCUUAACUGUCUUUCACAGAGCCAUGAGAUAAUAAAAUAUACUCCCAUAUUAGGGAAAAUCACUUACCAGAGUUUCUAUAUUUCUUUAGCUAUUGGAGCAAACUGGGAAAAAAGCAUACUUAUAAAGGACAUUUUAUAAAAAUAUUUAAUAAUAAAUAUUUAAUAAUUUACUCAUUCAUUCACUAAUUCACUAAUUACUUUAUUCAACUUAUUUUUAUCGAGCACAUCCUAUAUACAAGGCACCAUAUGAAGUACAACCAAGUAUAUAAAGAUGAAUGUGACAGGUUCUCUACUGUUAGUAAGAAUAAUAAAUUAUCUAGAGUUUAAUUUGAUCAAUAUAUAAAUGGUGAAGUUUUUUAACUACA